CCCAGCCCUGGUACCACAUAGCAAACAGAACAGGCUAUGAAAUAAGAUGGCAAGGAAGAAAUUUAGUGGAUUAGAAAUCUCCCUGAUUGUACUCUUUAUUAUAGUUACUAUAAUAGCUAUUGCCCUAGUUGCUGUUUUAGCAACUAGAACUCCUGCUGUUGAUGAAAGUAGUGAUUCUACUUCAACUUCACCUACUACUCGUACGACCACUACUACACCCACUGUGUAUCCUGGUUCAGGAAAAUGUCCGAGUGUGCUACAUGAUCCUAUCAAUGAGAGAAUAAAUUGCAUUCCAGAACAAUUUCCAACACAGUCCAUCUGUGCAAUGCGAGGUUGCUGCUGGAGGCCAUGGAAUAAUUCUGGUAUUCCUUGGUGCUUCUUCGUAGAUAACCACGGCUAUAAUGCUGAGACAAUUACAAAAACAGAUACUGGAGUUGAAGCCACACUAAACAGGAUAUCUUCACCUACUGUAUUUGGAAAUGACAUCAACACUGUUCGUUUAACAACUCAAAAUCAGACACCCAAUCGUUUCCGGUUCAAGAUUACUGAUCCAAACAAUAGAAGAUAUGAAGUUCCUCAUGAGUUUGUAAAAGAAUUUAAUGGCCCUGCAGCUUCUGAUACACUGUAUGAUGUGACAGUUGCAGAAAAUCCAUUUAGCAUCAAAGUUAUUAGAAAAAGCACUAAAAAAACUUUGUUUGACACCAGUAUCGGUCCCCUGGUGUACUCUGACCAGUAUUUACAGAUCUCCACCAGACUUCCCACUGAAUAUAUGUAUGGUCUUGGGGAACAUAUCCAUAAGAGAUUUCGUCAUGAUUUAUAUUGGAAAACAUGGCCAAUUUUUACCCGGGAUCAACUUCCUGGUGAUAAUAAUAAUAAUUUAUAUGGCCAUCAAACGUUUUUCAUGUGCAUUGAAGAAACUUCUGGAAAGUCAUUCGGUGUUUUCUUAAUGAACAGCAAUGCGAUGGAGAUUUUCAUCCAGCCUACUCCAAUAGUAACUUACAGAAUUACUGGUGGCAUUCUGGACUUUUACAUCUUCCUAGGAGAUACACCAGAGCAAGUAGUUCAACAGUAUCAAGAGCUCAUUGGACGACCAGCAAUGCCAGCGUACUGGAAUCUUGGAUUCCAAUUGAGUCGCUGGAAUUAUAAGUCACUUGAUGUAGUGAAAGAAGUGGUAAAAAGAAAUCGGGAUGCUGGCAUACCAUUUGAUACACAGGUCACUGAUAUUGACUAUAUGGAAGAGAAGAAAGCCUUUACUUACGAUACAGUUACGUUUAAUGGGCUCCCUGAAUUUGUUCAAGAUUUGCAUAAUCAUGGACAGAAAUAUGUCAUCAUCCUGGACCCUGGAAUUGCCAUAAGUAGUCGUAUCAAUGGAGCAGCAUAUGAAACCUAUAACAGGGGAAAUGAAAAACAUGUGUGGAUAAAUGAGUCAGAUGGGACUACACCUCUUAUUGGAGAGGUAUGGCCAGGAUUAACAGUGUACCCAGAUUUCACUAAUCCAAACUGCAUCGAUUGGUGGGCCAAUGAAUGCAGCAUUUUCCAUCAAGAAGUUAAAUAUGAUGGACUUUGGAUUGUUGGAGCAGAUAUCUGUGGAUUUGUGGUUGAGACCACAGAAGAACUUUGCAGAAGAUGGAUGCAACUUGGGGCAUUCUACCCAUUUGCCAGAAACCAUAAUGCUGAUGCAUAUGAGCAUCAAGAUCCAGCGUUUUUUGGGCAGAAUUCUCUUUUGGUUAAUUCAUCAAGGCACUAUUUGAAUAUCCGCUAUACUUUAUUACCUUACCUCUAUACUCUGUUUUAUAAAGCCCAUAUGUUUGGAGAAACAGUAGCAAGGCCAUUUCUUCAUGAGUUUUAUGCAGAUGUUAAUAGCUGGAUUGAGGACACUCAGUUCUUAUGGGGCCCUGCAUUACUUAUUACCCCUGUCUUAAAACAGGGUUCAAAAAGGCCAUGGAAAAAACAACGUGUUGAUAUGUAUCUUCCAGCAGACAAAAUAGGAUUACAUCUCAGAGGAGGCUAUAUUAUCCCCAUUCAACAACCUGCUGUAACUACAACUGCAAG